AAAACGCAAGGGCUCUUCUCAGUCAUUUUGCCUUUUUGACAUUUAGGGUUUUUGGGACUGGCAUUCCAUCACUGUUGCGUGACCUCUUCCUCCUUGUUGCGAGCUGAACCAGAAACCCUCCACCAAACCCUAACCCCGCCUCAACCAUGGGUAUCUCCAGGGAUUCUAUGCACAAGCGUCGAGCAACAGGAGGCAAGAAGAAGUCAUGGAGGAAAAAGCGAAAGUAUGAGCUAGGGCGUCAACCUGCGAAUACCAAGCUCUCGAGCAACAAGACAGUGAGGAGGGUUAGGGUAAGAGGUGGUAAUGUGAAAUGGAGGGCUUUGAGGCUCGACACUGGAAAUUGUUCAUGGGGCAGUGAAGCAGUAACAAGAAAGACCAGGAUUCUUGAUGUGGUUUACAAUGCAUCGAAUAAUGAACUGGUCCGGACUCAGACUCUGGUUAAGAGUGCCAUUGUUCAGGUUGAUGCUGCUCCCUUUAAGCAAUGGUAUCUUCAGCACUAUGGGGUUGAUCUUGGGAAGAAGAAGAAGGCUUCAGCCACGAAGAAGGAAGGAGAGGAAGCUGAGGGUGCUACAGAGGAGGUGAAAAAGAGUGACCAUGUUAAAAGGAAGCUGGAAAAGCGUCUUGAGGGUCACAAACUUGACCCACACAUUGAAGAACAGUUUGGUGGUGGCAGACUAUUGGCAUGCAUCUCGUCUCGCCCUGGACAAUGUGGACGAGCUGAUGGAUACGUCUUGGAGGGUAAGGAGCUAGAGUUCUAUAUGAAGAAGAUCCAGAGGAAGAAGGGGAAGGGAGCUUCUGCCUAAAUUACUCAUGCCUUGCUUAUAAACUUAUGGUUCUCGCACUUGUUUUGCUUUUUUGUUUUAGGAAAAUUUUCGUCAGUGAUGAUUGUUCGUUGCGGAUAUUGAGAAUGUUGGCUCAAGCAGACUUUGUCUAUUGCCAUUUAAGUGAAUUUUUGUAUGUCUACUUUGUUUGUGGAUGGAAUGUUGAAUGUUGCUAUUUUGGUUUCUUUUAUUAUUAGAUGUGCGAAGUUAAUGACAAA